GUCAGUGUUAUGGUCGCACGUCGUCUCAUCUAUCAUCUGAUCUGAAAUCUAGAUGUGUUGAGAACAGCCUUAUCUAUCUGCUUAUCUGAAGUUUAAUAGAUAAAUGAUUGUAUUCUACUGUAUUUCCAGUGAACAACGUUAUUUCGUGAUAUUGUAGUGCAGAGCACUCGCAUUCAUUCGCAUUGCACGAUGGACAAUUUUUCCACGCAGAGGUACACAGAGACUAAAAUGGAAAGCUUUGAUUCGUGUAUGAUCGAUGCUCCUAACCAACAACCAGAAUUGGUUCAACCAGUCACAGAGCAGUCGCAACCGCAACAACAAAUAGACUCUCAAGAAAGUCACGAUGGUAUGCAUCCACAGCAUCAGUCAACACCGUUGCCGUUAAUACAAAUUCAACCAAACUCUCAGCCCAAUGCAACACUCACCCCGGUACGACUUCCGGCAAUCCUGGAUGGAGAAUUUUUCACCGUAAUCAGAGUUCAGGAGACGAACGUCACAGUUAGAUGUCUACAGUGUCAAAAAUUACUCAAUGGGAACCUCAAAUCAACUGGGAAUUUUCUUAGUCACGUCAAAAGAGUACACCCGUUUUUGAUUGAAAAGAUUAAAACAAAAUCGAAUCAAAGGAAACCUGCCACUGUUUAUAUAGACAUGACUGCCGACUCCUGUCCAGAAAUCGUCAGAACUAAGAGAGGAUAUAGGAAAUGUUACAAAAGCGAGAAAUACCCACCUGGAACAGACGAAGCUUGUGAUCAGCCGAUCGAAUGGUCUGAAUCUCCAAUAACUCGCAGGCGGAGAUCGGAAGAGCCAAACGAUACUGGUGAAAUAUUGAAGUUGUCACAUAAUAACUCAUUUGUGGUCGAAGAUGAGUAUGAUGCCAUUGGUCGUAACAUUGCGGCCAAAUUGCGCAACAUGCGACUUGACCAAAGGAUAAUUAGUGAAAAACUGUUGAAUGAUAUUUUAUUCGAAGCACAACUUGGCAAUCUCCACAGAGAUUCAACUAUACAUAUAUAAAAAGAAACUGUAUAAUGUCAUCUGCUUGGUGUAUAAUAUGAAAGAAAGGAUACAUUCAUUUUUGAGGGAUGGACAACAUAUGUGCUUGACUCAAUGUUGUGAAAACAGAAUGCACGAGCACUACACUGAUUUACCCAUGAAGCUGUAAGAGUUUCACGAAGUUGAAAUUUGUAGCGUCAACGCAAUGAAUCAAUGAAGAAAGGUAUCGAACUUUCGCAACCUUAUUAAUUGGAAAUUUUCAGGGCUUGCGAUUGCAAAGUGAGUAUGCUUCGCUUCAUUUAUAGUGCAGUUACUGGUUGAAAAAUAGAUGUGACCUCAGAUCAAAUCCAAGUGCGCUGAAUUUUGUUGUACACCAACCUUUCAUCGCUCAUAAUACGCUGUGGAAAGUUCUCAACUACCUGUUGUAGAAAUUACUUUUGACAGUGCUGAAAAUCGUUAAUUUUUUCUGAUUAUAAUUUUACAACUACGAAAGUUAAAAAUGAUGGAAAGUUGAGCAAAUUUCUCACGUGAAAGAUCGUCUACAGUUUUUUCAUAGAAGCAAUAAUUUCCUCGAAAACUCGGCACGAAAGUCAUGACACAAGGAAAUACUAUCGUUUUAUUAUA